AUGUCGCACGUCUCGCCCACUCCGCCCCCCCAGCAGCAGUCUGCCUCUGCCCUCGCCAACUCGCUCUUCCAGUCCGACGACGGCCUCAUCGCCUACCUCCAACACAACACAGACUACUCCCAGGAUGCCGCCGGCAACUACACCCACAACAACCCCGUCCCCGCCCGCUCCCCCUCCCCUCCUCUGCCCCUCCCCAUCCCCCCCUCGCUCAACAGGCUCGCAUCCAACGCGCUCUCCGGCUUCCACUCCCCGAACCUGCAGCCGCUGCCUGCCCCCGUCGACCAGGCGCAGGUCGCGGCCCAGAUGGACUAUGGCGACCGGGGGGAGAUGGGCGGUAAGCGACGCAAGCUGCCGCACCAGCGCGCUGGGUGGGCCGAGAUGGAGCAGCAGAGCGGCAAGAAACGGCGUAUCUCGCGCAAGAGCACCGAAGGCUCCCCGGGCCCCCAUUCCGGCGGCGGCGGAUCGCCUUCGGGGCAUACCCCCGGCAGCGGCGGGCUGCACGUCGACUCGCCGUCGCAUGGGGCGGCGGCGCAGGAUAUCACGUCGUUGACGGAGCUGAGCCAGAUGGCGAUUAAUGGGCAGGCGGCGGCGGGGGUGGAUGUGGGGCAUGUGCAUGGGCAGGAGGAGCCGCAGAUUGACCCGACUUUGGCGUCGGCGCAGGAGAAGGAACCUGUUGGACCGCCUCCUCCUCCUCCCGAGCCCCCCGUGGACACCGGCAAGCUCUCUCGCGCCGAGCAAAACAAGCGCGCCCAGCAGGCUUUCCGCCGUCGUCGCGAAGAGCACAUGAAGAAGCUCGAAGCCGAGUCUGCUCAGCUCCAGGUCGUGCUCAGGCAAUGCCAAGAGAAGGAUGCUGUCAUCAAGGACCUCGUCAUGUCCCAGCAGACAGACAAGAUCCGCAUCGCCGCGCUCGAAACGUUCAUCCGCCAGAACGCCACCACCCACGGCACCACCCCGCCCUUCACCGGUACCGGCGAGCUCAACAUCAGCGAAGAUCUCAGCUUCCCUCAUCAGUCCGAGACUGGCGUGAGCCAGGACCAGUUGGAGAAUGCGUUCCAGAUGUUGGAGAGGCAGAGCAGGCAGGUGGUCAAGCAGCUCAACAGGGGUCAGGGGUUGUAG